UUUCGCUCGUCUAGACUGACCGACGAUUUAGACGGAUUGUAAAUGACCGCUAAACACGUCCUGUGUGAAAAUGCCUUUAAUUUUAACAUGUUUGAGAAGCCUCGCCGAACCCACACAUUCGCCGCAGAUUGGUAAAGAGACGCACGCGCUCUCUGACAGCGCGUUCAGCGUGAAGGAGGCGUAUCAUUACUCUCAGUCAUGAGGUUCCUCUGCUCGGGAGUGUUUUUAAUCAACCUCGGGGCUCAGCAGCUUUAAGAAGAGGAAAGAAGCCUUCAGAGAAACUUUCCCCUCUGUUUUGAUACCCGGGCCGUUGAAAACGAGUCUUCACAACCAGCUCUGGCGCACGUCGAAUUAAUUCAAGCGUUUACACGAUCAUGUUAUGAAGCGUUUCUCAGAUACGCGCGCAUUUACACAGCGCGUGGGAUUCCUGAACUGUGUGUUUGAGCGUGAUCCGGAGGGAUGAUGUGGGGACCAAACGCACAUUCCCAAUGGUAUGUGUAUGUGUCUUGACUCUAGCCAGGAACGUUUGUGCAGAAGUGGGAAUGAUUUUCCGUGGGAUCUGGGCACUCCGCCGGAGGUACUGCACGGGUCCCCUUCUGCUGCUGGGGAUAGCGUUUGGGCUGUUUUAUCACACUGUGACUAUUGACCGGGACAGAACUGAGUUCAAGUCCAGUCAUCGGGACCAAAGGAACAAAUCUGCGGUGUUUGAUUAUAAACUACUCCUCAAGAACCCAGAGAGACUCAUAUCUCUACUUGAAGCAUCACAGACAGAUCGUUUUGUUUAUCAUUCUAAGCGCAGCUGUGUGGGAAAAGCCAUUAUUCUGACGGGCCAACAUGCCCCGACGGACACUGAGGUCCAGUUGUACCAGAGAGUCCUACAGCAGCAGGGGUAUCGAGUGGAUCAGGCCCGUUACGCAGAGACCAGCGCCUCACUCAGACAGGACAGAAGAGAUGGAAGAGACUGGUCCAUCUUGAUAUGCCUAAAGGGCUCUGAAAAAAGUUGCCUGCGAAAAAUCAACUUCGCCCAUCCACAGCACCAACAAAUGGUUAACAUAAUACCAGCCUUUGCAGGAGUGUUUCUGGACAUGGGCGGAGUCUGCCGGUUUCUGACGGACAGCCAGCUGUCAGGAGUGACAUUACCAAUACGUCCUUCUGCCUGCGCUUUUUCCACAUCUCCACAAGAGGGAACCCCGAAUGUUGCUGAAGAUGAAUGGAGGCGGCCAAUCACAUUCAGCCAUUCGGACACUCAGAGCAUGAAUGCCACCAUAAACGUGUACGUCUUGGUUACUUCAGCAACACCGCUGACCGCUUUCGUCCACCGCACAGCCUUGGUCAAACCCCACUUGGAUAAAACUAGUUAUACCACCGAGUUGCAGGUAUUCUUUAGAGAAAGACUGGGUCCUGUUCUCUCUCAUAAGGUCAUUGAGCACAUGAAUCGCAUCAUCAGUGACAUCCUGAAAGCUGCUUUAUUAACCACAAAGGACAGCAGCUCCUCAUCCAGGUGUCAGCGGUGUUUUCAAUUAAUGACCUUCUCAUUCCACUAUAAUUCCUCUCUUGAUCCGGUAGUGGUAAAGCUUCAGACUGAUCUACACUUUGACGGAAUGAAGGACCCUCACUUUGAUGGACAGAUAGCCAAGGAGUAUAUGCUGGAGGAUGUGCUGAAACUGCUUUUCCCAGGAUGCAGCAGCGAUGCCGAGGAGCCUAGUUUGCAGUUUAGAUCAAAAGAGGAGAACCAAAACCAAAAGUACGGUGACUGUGAAGGGCCAAACGGUCUGUGUCUGCCUCCAGAUGAGAUGCAUUUAUUGCAACAGUUUAAUCAGCACCUCAAAAGACCAGGACCCUUUCAGCUGCUCUAUCCUACAUGUCCUCUUCCUGACGAUCCUCAGCAUGAUCUAAUCCAGACAGAGUCCCUCAGCGCACUGGAUUAUGGAUGGAGACCAGCUCUCAUGGCUCUGCUCCAAGAGCUCAGCCUUUACUACACGAGAAAACAUCAGACUGAAAGCUUGGAUGAUCCAAAGAGCCUAGAGGCAUCAGACCCGCUGUCAAGAAAAGGGAGGUGUGUUGAUCCCCACCUGAGGCAGUUGUACACAGACCCUCCGAUGGUGCUGAUGCCAGCGUUUAAUGCACGGGAGAAGGAAUAUCGAGCCGAGGUUCCCUUUGAUGUGAUCACCAUUCGUAUCCGGCCUGAAGCAGUCAGCCCUCAUUGCCACAUUCACCUGGAUGAACAUCGUGGACCCAGGAUGGCAAACUACCCGGUUGGCCUGGGCAACAGCAGAAUCAACAUUCUGGUGAUGGACGAAUCAGAGGCUGAGCCCAUCGUCAUGACGAUAUACACUCUGUACAUAUACCGUGAAAGCAGGCCCAGUCUGCCAAUGUUUGAGGAGUAUGUGAUGUGCAGCUUCAUGCAGGACUGUGGCCUGGUGGUCAGACCAGAUCAGCCCUGCGGUUUGGAGCUCAUUCCAGGUACGAGAUCUUCAGAAGAGGCCCAGGCCUCACCUCGGCCUUGCCUCUCAGGAGAUGAACCUGGUCGUUGGGUCGUCCCAUGCCUGAGCUGUUCAGACAACAGGACUUGCGAUUGGAGAGAGGUUGCCUGGCAGCCCGACAGCUGUUAUCACCCCUUGCUCGACCAACCUCAGUUGCAAACCUGCAUGAUGGGCCGGAAGGUCCUGUUUAUCGGCGACUCCACCAAUCGAGGGAUGAUGUUCUACCUGAUGGAGAGGGUUAACACUACUCUGGAGGACUGGGACAAGGCCCAUGACACCAUCGUCUACCACAACCUGAAUCAGGGCAGAACUAUUGCCAGCUACUCCUACUACCCACAAUUCUGGCUGCCGAAGGCCCAGAGACCCACUUUCCAAAGAGCUCUGCAGCAGCUUCUAGAAAGGUCUCGACCCCUGGAGAACUCGCCUCAGACGGUGCUGGUCACUGGAGGGGUGCAGUGGCUGAACCUGAACCAUUUGAGGACCAUUAAGCAGGUUUUAGAGAGGGAGGGUCUUGAAAAAAUCAUGGUGGUGGUGAAGUCUUUAGGAAUGGGUUUCCAUCUGCCUGUGGAUGGUAUUCGCUCCCUUCCACUGAAUGGAGUGCAAGAACUGUAUAAUGUGAACAAGAAUAUUCUGGAAAGUGCCAAGCAUCUUGGAUAUGAGGUCAUUGACACUCUCAGUAUCACUAUGGGUCGUUAUAGGGAGUUUCUGCAAGGACGAUGUGCCUGCCAUUUCCAUGAGGUCUAUAAGCUUCCCUUUCCCACAGCUUCUUCCCAAAGUAAGCUAAAGAUCUUAAGUGUUGGUGGAGAAAGCAGGAAUCCGGCCAGUGAACAGACGGGGCCUCAAGAGCACGAGGAACCGCCGUCUCAACCUGACGUGUCCUACCACGUAAAGGGACCAGUGAACGCGGUGUAUUCUGAGAUCCUUCUCAGCAGGAUAUGUGUGAAUCACGCCGUCAAAGGGACCAUUCACUAACAGUGACAAAAAGACAAUUAGCGGCUGGUGACGCUUACCUGUUCGUGUUUUUCAGGUGUGUGUGUGUGUCUGUGAAUAUGUAUAUGUGUUGAGAAAUCAAUUUAAAAGGGCUAAACUAUGCACACCGAAUGGUCUGGAUCUAUGAAUCUUUGAACCAUAUGUCGGGUCAAAGUGGUAAAUUGGAGGACGAGUUGGGUAGGUGUCUGUUUGCACAU